UGUAGGCUGCUUUCAGGGACAAGGAGCCACUGUUGUACAAACAUAGCAUCAACAUAGAAGUUAUUUUGUGGGCUUCAGGAUGCAGAUAUGGGCUGUGCUGCCAGCAUUGUUCUGCUCCAAGCCUUUCGGUCUGUGGUACAGAGGAGCUGUCCCCAUAUUUGCACCAGAGGACAGGAGGAUCUGUUACAUGAGAUUGUGCUACAGGAUGAUGUGGAUGAAAUAAGCAGACCGAGAACUCUGAUCAUAAUGCAUGAAAAGCCUAAACUGUUAGAGCCAUUGGAUUAUGAAUCUGCUAUUACAGAACUGGAAAAUACAUAUUCUAAUGACCCCCUGAAAGAUCUGGUGUUAUUUCCUGAAGAUGACUUUUCAGUGGAGACUAUACCACUGGGGACUCAAACAGUAUAUUCUACAGUACCUGAAGAUGCUGAACAAAAAGCUAAGCACUUAUUGGUCAAAGAGGCCUGUAGAUAUUAUAAUUCCCACUGGCACGUGGUGAAUUACAAGUAUGAACAGUACUCAGGAGACGCUCGACAGUUGCAUCUAAAUGACCCCAAGAGCGAAAAGCUUCCCUCUCAUUCAUUUGAAAUUGACCAUGAAGAAGCCGACAAGGAUGAAGAUACAACGUCUCUCUCGUCUUCUAAAGGAGGUGGUGGCGGAGGAGGAGGAUCAGGAGUUUUUAAAUCGGGCUGGCUGUAUAAAGGGAAUUUUAAUAGCACUGUGAACAAUAGCAUUACUGUACGAUCCUUCAAAAAACGUUUCUUUCAGCUGACUCAGCUGUCAGAUAACUCUUAUAUUAUGAAUUUUUACAAAGAUGAAAAAAUAUCUAAGGAACCAAAAGGAUGUAUAUUUUUAGACUCUUGCACGGGAGUUAUUCAGAAUAAACAGCUUAGGAAGCAUGCCUUUGAGCUGAAAAUGAAUGAUCUGACAUACUUUGUGCUGGCAGCUGAAAGCGAGCAGGAUAUGGAUGACUGGAUUUCUACUCUCAACAAAAUCUUACAAAUAAAUCCAGAAGGAACUAUUCCAGAAAGGAAAAGCGCAGAUUUAUGCGAUCAUAAACUCGAUGAACCAGCAGAACUGUUUGUGAGUUCUGAAACUGAAAAGGAGGAAACUGACAGUGCAGACAAUUCCCUCAAUCCUGACCUUGCAAAGUACCUUGCAGAGACUGAAGAGACCAUUAAAUCCAAUAGAAAUUCAGAACGACACAACCUUUUCUCUCUAGACCCGGAUUUAUGUGUAACAAAGCUCCAGAACUCAGCAAGUGAUUCUCUGAUAAAACCUUUGGAGGAAAAGACCACUAAGAGGAUUAUGGUAUCUUGUAAAUCUCUCACUCUGAAUCUUCAGGCCUGCCUCAGGGAAAAUGACACUGAACCAGUUACAAAUAUUGAGCCAUUUUUUGUAAACCUGGCUUUGUUUGACAUUAAAGAUGGGAGAAAGAUAUCAGCAGAUUUCCAUGUAGACCUGAACCACGACAUUGUUAGACAAAUGAUUUGCCCAUCUACAGGAGCUAUAAGGAAUGGUACGGUCUCACCAUCCACCAGUCGGUCAAAGGAACUAGAGGAGCCUCAGAUUCGUGGCUUUCCAGAGAAGUGGAUGCAGUACCCUAGACAGGCAAUUUUCUCAGUAUCCAAUCCACACGUUGAUGUGGUCUUAGUUGCCAGAAUAGAAAAAGUUCUUAUGGGAAACAUUGGCAGCAGUGCUGAACCAUACAUAAAGAACUCUGAUUCCAGUAAGUCUGCACAGAAAUUGCUGAAGACAACAAAGCAGCAUUGUAGUCGGCUGGGAAAGUAUCGGAUGCCGUUUGCAUGGACUAUGAGACCAGUAUUUAAAGACAACGCUGGGAACAUAGAUCGAGAAUCCAGGUUUUUCCCUCUCAUCAGACAAGACAGCAGCAAGAUUUCAACAGAAGAUAUGAUUAAACUGGUGGCAGAUUACAGAAGGUCAGAGAAGAUGAACAAAAUACCAAUAAUUCCAGGAACCUUGGAUAUAUUAAUAGACAAUGUGCUGAAGGAACAUUCAAAUUGUCUUACCUCAUCUUUAGUUCCAAUUAAGCCAUUUAGUGAACCAGAGAAAUGUCUGCCCACUGUGGAAGUUGAAGAGUUUGUACAGGCAUCAACCAAAUACUCUCAGCCUUUCAGAUCUUACAAGAACCAAAUAUACAUUUACCCAAAACAUCUCAAGUAUGACGGCCAAAAAUACUUUAACAAGGCAAGGAACAUAAUGGUGUGUAUUGAGUUUAAGAGCUCUGAUGAAGAAGGAAGCCAACCCUUAAAGUGUAUUUAUGGAAAGCCUGGUGGCCCAUUGUUUACAAACGCAGCCUAUACCACCAUCCUUCACCACUCUCAAAACCCAGAUUUCUAUGAUGAGGUGAAAAUUGAGCUCCCCACCCAACUCCAUGAGAAACAUCACAUUCUGUUUUCAUUCCAUCACGUCACCUGUGACAUAAAUGCAAAAGCUAAUGCCAAAAAGAAAGAGGCUCUGGAAACUCCAGUUGGGUUUGCCUGGUUGCCUUUGUUUAAGAAUGAACAGCUCACUUCACAAGAUUAUCUCAUUCCUAUUGCUGCCAGUUUACCUGCAAGAUACUUGAGUAUGGAGGAUACUACACUGGGGAAGCAAACUGGGGGUGACCUGAAAUGGGUGGAUGGAGGAAAACAACUUUUUAAAGUAUCAACAUUUAUUGUAUCAACAGUAUAUACUCAGGAUCCAUAUCUAAACACAUUUUUCCAGCAAUGCCAAAAACGGGAAGCUGAACUGUCAAAGCCCCCAUCUCCACAUUUCCUGACUUCUUGUAAGAACCUGCUGAAUAUUGAGAAGAUCCACAUGAUCAUAAGCUUUCUCCCUAUUAUGUUUAAUCAGCUUUUUAAUGCUCUGACAAAAAGUAAUGAUGAUGAUAUUAUCACUGUUAUCACCAGAGUCCUUACAGACAUUGUAGCUAAAUGCCAGGAAGAACAGCUGGAACACUAUGUCCAGUCUUAUGUAAAGUAUGUGUUUAAAACACAGUCAUAUGGAGAUCGGACCGUCCAUGAGGAACUUUCCAAAGGAAUUACAAGCCUUUUAAAAUGUAAUGAUCUAAAUACAAUUAAGCUUGUGCUGAAGCAUUCCCAGUUUUUCUUCGACAUAAUUAUCAAAUCCAUGGCACAGCACCUCCAUGAUAAUGACAUGGUGCAGGUUCAUCGCACUAAAAGGUUCCCCACAACCUUCCAUGCUGAGCUGGAAGCACUUGUGAUGAGCUUUUCAGACCAUAUAAUUUGGAAGUACAAGGAUGCUCUUGAAGAGACAAAGAAAGCCAACCUGAGCAUUGCCUGCUUUCUGAAGCGCUGUUUUACGUUUAUGGAUCGUGGCUUUGUAUUCAAGAUGAUCAGUAGUUGUAUCAGUAUGUUCAGCCCUGGAGAUGGCAAGAUUUUACAUCAGUACAAGUUUGAGUUUCUCCAGGAGGUCUGCAGCCAUGAGCACUUUAUCCCACUCUGUUUACCAAUAAGAUCAUCAAACAUCCCAGAUCCACUUACACCUUCUGACUCUACUAAAGUUUAUCAUGCUUUAGACAUGCCAGAGUACACCUUGACUGAUGACUUCUGCCGGAAGCAUUUCCUGAUUGGGAUACUUCUCAGAGAAGUUGGUCUGGCAUUACAAGAAGACCAGGAUAUCCGCCACCUUGCCCUCACAGCACUGAAGAACAUUAUGGCCAAGCACUCGUUUGACAAUAGAUACUCUGAUAAGGAAAAGCAGGCCCAGAUAGCUGUUUUAUACUUACCCCUCUAUGGCCUUCUCUUGGAUAAUAUGCCUCGUAUAUUUAUGAAGGAUUUUUUCCCAUUUACAGUGAAUACAUCCAACCAGGGCUCACGAGAUGACCUAAGCACUGCAACUGCCUCACAAAGUCAGUCUGCCAUAAAACAUGCCAUAUCUGCAGAUACCUCAUUUUCUAAAGAUGUAUUAAAUUCCAUAGCAGCCUUCUCAUCCAUUGCCAUCACUGCAGGAAACAAUGCAGACUCCCGGGCAUCACUGGCCAGCCUGGAAUCCAUCCCAAGUACCAAUGAAAAAAGUGAGAAGACUGACAACUGUGAAAAGAUUGCAAGACCUUUGUCUCUAAUUGGAUCUUCACUUCGAUUUGACAAGCUGGACCACUCUGAAACCAAAUGUCUGUUAAUGUGUUUCCUGCAUAUUAUGAAAAUGAUAUCAGAAGAUACAUUGAUCUCGUACUGGCAGCGGGCUCCAAACACUGAGAUCUAUGACUUUUUUAGCAUUCUGGAAGUAUGCCUCCAAAACUUCAAAUACUUGGGAAAAAGAAAUAUAAUAAGGAAAAUUACUGCUGCUGUUAAACUUGCCCAAACAACUCUGAACAAUGGGACACUGAAGGGCUCCUCUUCCCAGGCUGGUCUCCUGCCACAGUGGAUGCAGUCUUCAAAUGAUGGUCAUAAACACCCAAGAUCUCAGACCUUGCCCAUAAUACGAGCCAAAAAUGCACUUUCCAAUCCCAAGCUCCUACAGAUCAUAGAGCUCACUACUUCAAUAUCAAGUAAUUCUAAUGAAACUGAUAUUGUGCACCACAUUGAUUUAGAUGCCAAUAUUGCCACAGAGGUUUGUCUUACUGUUCUUGACCUUUUGUGCCUCUUCAACCAGAGCUACCAGAAAUUAUUGCUUUCUGACAGCCAAAGUGUUUUGAUGAAGAAGGUCUUUGACACCCACCUUCUUUUCUUACAAAUCAACCAGUCAGUGGUUGCUCUCCGCCAUGUGUUUGCUGCUCUGCGGAUUUUUGUGUGCGAGUUCCCUAAUGCAUUCUUCCAAGGACAAGCUGACCUUUGCGGCCCUUUCUGCUAUGAAGUUCUCAAAUGCUGCAAUCAUCGCUCACGCUCUACCCAGAAUGAGGCUUCGGCCCUUCUGUAUUUCUUCAUGAGGAAGAACUUUGAGUACAACAAACAGAAGUCAAUUGUCAGAUCACAUCUUCAGCUCAUUAAGGCAGUAAGUCAGCUGAUUGCAGAUGCAGGCAUUGGGGGCUCUCGAUUUCAACACUCUUUGGCAAUUAUCAACAACUUUGCUAAUGGAGACAAGCAGAUGAAGAAUACCCUGUUUCCAGCAGAGGUAAAAGAUCUAACCAAGAGGAUUAGAACAGUUUUAAUGGCAACCGCCCAGAUGAAGGAACAUGAGAAAGAUCCAGAGAUGCUUGUGGACCUUCAGUACAGCUUGGCAAACUCUUAUGCCAGCACACCAGAGCUACGUAGGACCUGGCUGGAGAGCAUGGCCAAAAUCCAUGCCAGAAAUGGAGACUUAUCAGAGGCAGCCAUGUGUUACGUUCACAUUGCCGCACUGAUUGCUGAGUAUUUGAAACGGAAAGGUUACUGGAAAAAUGAAACCAAUCAGACACCAAGCAUGCUGCUGGAAGAGGAAAAUACUUCUGAUUCUAAUCAAUUACUAAUCUCCAUCGGUGCAAAGAGUUUGUUUUCCAUGGGAUGGCCAGCCUUUCAGAGCAUUACCCCAAAUAUUAGGGAAGAAGGUGCAAUGAAAGAAGACUCAGGGAUGCAGGAUACCCCAUAUAAUGAGAGUACUCUGGUAGAGCAGCUUGACUUGUGUGUCGACUAUCUCUGGAAAUCUGAACGAUAUGAGUUGAUUGCUGAUGUUAGCAAGCCAGUUAUUGCUGUGUUUGAAAAGCAGAGAGACUUCAAGAGGCUGUCGGAGCUCUAUUACCGCAUUCACCGAUCCUAUCUGAAAAUUGCAGAGGUGGUAAACACAGAGAAAAGACUGUUUGGACGUUAUUAUCGAGUUGCUUUUUACGGCCAGGGUUUCUUUGAAGAAGAAGAAGGAAAAGAGUACAUCUAUAAAGAACCCAAAUUAACAGGGUUGUCAGAGAUUUCACAGAGGUUGCUCAAGCUCUAUACUGAUAAGUUUGGAGCGGACAAUGUAAAGAUCAUUCAGGACUCCAACAAGGUGAAUCCCAAAGAUCUAGAUCCUAAGUUUGCUUACUUUCAAGUCACAUAUGUCACACCUUACUUUGAUGAGAAAGACCUCGAAGACAGAAAGACAGAUUUUGAGAGGCAUCAUAAUAUCAGCCGGUUUGUGUUUGAGACUCCAUUUACGCUAUCAGGGAAGAAACAUGGUGGAGUGGAGGAACAAUGCAAGAGGCGUACAGUGUUGACCACCAGUCACUCAUUUCCAUAUGUGAAAAAGCGGAUCCAAGUUGUACGCCAAACAAGCACAGAGCUUAAUCCCAUUGAAGUGGCCAUAGAUGAAAUGUCCAAAAAAGUUCAGGAGUUGCAGCAGCUUUGCACUAUGGAUGAUGUGGAUAUGAUAAGACUGCAGCUGAAGCUUCAAGGGAGCGUUAGUGUCAAGGUAAACGCUGGACCGAUGGCAUAUGCGCGAGCUUUUCUAACAGAAACAAAUGCCAACAAUUACCCAGAAAGUCAAGUGAAGCAUCUCAAAGAAAUUUUCAGACAAUUUGCAGACACUUGUGGUCUGGCUCUGGAAGUGAAUGAACGGCUGAUAAAGGAGGACCAACUGGAAUACCAAGAAGAGAUGAAAGCCCAUUACAGGGACAUUCUGGCUGAACUCUCUGAAGUCAUGAAUGAGCCGAUCACUUAUCGAGAGGACCCAGCAAAGCAUCUUUCAGUGGAGAAACAAUGUAUUCUUCGAUCAAUCAGUAGAACAAACACGGGACUGCCAAGUACAUCGUCAAAAGCUGAUUCCUGAUUGGAACCCUCUCCUAUAUGAACUUUAUUGAUGCCACAGACUGACCUGAAUAUGAACCUCUGCAGAACUUGCCUCUUUGGGACAUAGAUUGUAAUUUUAAUUUAUUGUGUCACGACAAGUGCUCAGAGGAGUACUAGUGAUAUAAACAUGUUGCCUACACAGUGGACAAAACAGUGUUAUUAAAUA